UUCAGGCGCCGCAUCCUUCAUCGUUAGCCUCGUAGACAUAUCCAUGUAUAUAUGUCUAUGGUUACCCUGACAUGAUAACAUUUUAGAUAAAAAACAUUAAGUCGCUACUCUUUAAAGUUUAUGACUAUAUCUGCGCUUUCAAGGCGGAAAGGUGGCGCACACGGGGAGCUGCAUCACGAAACGAAGAGCGAUGAAAGUGAUGUAAGCACGUGUUUACAGGCGGCAUUUCUGAUGUUUAUAUAACUAGUGUUUUAAAAAAGAAAGUAACGAUAGAGGAGCUGGGAAGAUGUCCGGGCAGAGGAGCAGGGGCAGGAAGAACGGAGUCCCAGACCGGUGGCUGGACUACACGGCCGUAGGAAGAAGACUGGACGGGACUCGGUUCAUUGCCUUCAAGGUUCCUCUGAAACAGUCUCUGAAACGUCAGCUCCUAUCCUCAGAUGCGUUCGGGCCCUGGGACCUCCUGGACACACUGCACAGACAUAACCAGGACCUGGGCUUAAUUGUUGACCUGACCUUCACCACGCGGUACUACAGCCUGCAGGAUAUUCCCGAUUCACUGACGUAUGUGAAGAUCUUCACCACUGGUCAUGAGGUUCCCAGCAAUGAAGUCAUCCUGAGCUUCAAACGCACCGUGUACAGAUUCCUCAGAGAAAACAAGGAGAAUGAUAAACUGAUCGGAGUCCACUGCACCCAUGGACUGAAUCGUACCGGCUACCUGAUCUGCAGGUAUCUGAUUGACGUUGAUGGGAUGGACCCUGAGGACGCUGUGAAGUUGUUCAACUCCUCCAGAGGUCACCCCAUAGAGAGACAGAACUACUUGCUGGACCUACAGCAUGGACCAAAAAGGAGUAACAAGGGCAUCAUGGAGUCUGAGCAUGAGCCAAUGCGAGGACAGGCAGUCUACCGACCAACAGAUGAUGAACAGCACUGUGAUGAGUCUGGAUACCACAGGUCUCUCCCUCCACGAGGACUGAACUCCCGGCUCCCUCACAACUGGCAUCGUCCUCAUCAUAACAGGCUCCUCCCUUAUUCUCCCGUAAUCCCUCCCCUCCCUCCGUUGCGUCAGUAUCGACCAGAGCCCCCCCUCCUGAACUCUCAGUGGAGGAGACACCCCGGCUGGGAGGAUGAAUGGUGUAGGACCCCACGAUCAGAACGUGGACCUCCCAUCCUCCCCCGCUACUCAGCCAACUGGACCACCUCGUCCAACGAUGUUGAAGCAGAUGAUUGGACAUGCCCCAGAAUGAGACCCUCAUUCAGAUACACACAGAGACAUCCUGACCCGUGACCACCUAGCCCGUGAUCUCAGAACACAUGGAUAUGACGACUUUGUCCUGCGUGUGAAUAGUUCAUCUGAUUUUAUGCGGCAGAGUUGAAUAGUCUGAUGGAUGAAAUCAGUCAGAUUGAAGGUCCGUUUCAUCGAACACAUUGAUAGUUUUUAGUUAUUUGUGGUUUUAAACACAUUGAUAGUUUUAAGUUUUUAGUUAUUAGUAGUUUUAAAAGACACCUAGAGUUCAUUUUAAAUGAUUUUACUGUAACGAUGUUGAAAUAAAUACAUUGGAUCAGAACUGUAUUCAGUUCUUCUUAAUUUUUUUCUGGUGUUGAUCUACUUAUUUAUUUUUUUAAUUGAGCAGUGUUGAGUUGUAAUCUUCCUCUGCUGUUUUUAAGACACUAAAGAAUAAUCCA